UAUUCUCGAUCUCGAUCUGAAAAGCGCUGGAGAUCUCCUUCCUCUUGUCACGUACGUACGUGACAUGCCUUCGAAGGCGGGAGACAAGUGUCUGCAACCAAACCCAACAACUUUGCUUACGUUUGAAACUAAAUGCACCUUCAGACAAGCGUACACCAGGUACUACAAAGCCUGCAGCGUCGCGCUCGAUCCAGCUCCCUCCCCACCGGCGACCGAUCAAGCCCCAAGCCCAGAUGGCGGAGACCGCCGCCGCGACUCCGCCUCCUGCUCCACCGCCGGCGACCCGCCCGAAGCUGUCGGGUGGACUGGAGCCGCUGGACGCGCGCAUCAAGGAGCUGACCUCGUCGCAGGGGGAGCUGCUGGCCAGGAUCCAGAAGCUCAAACAGGACGUGCAGAAAUGGCGCUCCGACGUUGAGGCGCAGGUCAAGACCUGCCACAACGAGCUUGUGGAGGUGAAGGAGGGCCUCGCUUCUGAAGUGCAGCACCUGAAAUCCGACAUCAAGGAAAUCAGGGCUGCUCUCCAGGAAGAGAAGGCAAGCUCAAAAACGGAGCAAGCCAGGAAGACACAAGACCAGGUACUCAAAACCGGUGAUGAACAGACGGAGCAACAAACAGCGGUGCAAGCAUGAAAUUUGCGGCCCCUGAUUCAAACAGAACUUGUGCUGGUGGAUGUUCAACUUACUCCUGUGGACCACCCAGAAAAGUAGGUAAAUACAUAGUGGUACUACAUUAGAUCAGGAGGGGUAGAUAUGUAUAUGAACUUGCUUGCACAUCGCGCUUGCUUGCCACAUGCCAGUAUACCAGCAUCAGCAAACUGAAGUGUGUAUGUUUCAAAACCCUGCAAGAGUGAAACAUUAUAAAAUGGACAAGAAUUGCUUAUUUUGUAACAGUUCUA